CCAGGAGGUGGGAGUGGGAGGAGAUGGAGGCCGACCCGCGCGAGGGAGGGGCGGUGCGCGGGCGGGGGACCGGGAAGAGGCUGAGCGCCUGGCCCAGAGUCAGCAGCGGGGAGUGUCGGAGAGACCCCAAAGCUCCGGAAAGGAGGGUGACUGAGGUGAAGCCAUGUGGCGGCUGCUGAUCCCACUGGCCCUGUGGCUGGGCACGGCACGCCUGGGCAGGGCGGAGCUCACGGCGGCCCAGCACCGGAGCCUGCAGGUGGCCCUGGAGGAGUUCCACAAGCACCCGCGUGUGCAGUGGGCCUUCCGGGAGACCAGUGUGGACAGUGCCACGGACACGCCCUUCCUGGCGGGGACCUUUGUGAGGCUGGAAUUUAAACUCCAGCAGACGAGCUGCCAGAAGAAGGACUGGAAGAAAGUUGAGUGCCGAGUCAAGCCCCAUGGGAGGAAGCGGAAAUGCCUGGCCUGCAUCAAGCUGGACUCUGAGAAUAAAGUCCUGGGCCGGAUGGUCCACUGCCCCAUAGAGACACAGGCUCAGCUGGAGCUUGAGCAGCGCCAGGAGGCCCAGUGCAGCAAGGUGGAGCAGGCUGGCGAGGACCCCCACAGCUACUACUUCCCGGGACAAUUUGCCUUCUCCAAGGCCCUGCCCCCCAGCUGAGGCCUGACUGAAUUUCAUCCGGCUUCCCAGACAGCUGUGGGAGGUAACCAGUGAAAGACUGCCCUCCUUUCCCUGUGCCCAAGGAGGACAAUCCCAUUAUCCAGAGCUAAUAAAACUGCUCCCCCA